AUGAGUGCCGGGCAAUUAAAACUGUCAAAUUUCAUUGUGCUUCUUAAUGGACAAAUCGAUAGCGCCGAGUUUCUCUCGUUCGACAGUUUUUACUGUAAAUACUCAUAUGUAUAUGGUAUUGAUUGGAAGCAAAUUGGUGGUGUUCAUGAAGGACUUAGUGCACGAUGUGAACGUGAACGUUCCAAAAAUACUGAAAUAACUGUUGGCAUGCCGAUUGAAGCUACUUUUAUCUCAACAAAUCCGUUUGGUUGGCCACAAAUUGUACUAACUUGUUAUGGGCCAGAUUUCUUUGGCAAUGAUGUUAUUUGUGGUUAUGGAGCUGUGCAUAUUCCAACUGUUCCGGGAAGAACGGUUAGAAAGAUAGCAUUGUUUGUACCGGAGGCUUCCACAUCAUUACAACGUUUUAUUGGAUGGCUCACUGGGAAAAGAGCUGAAUUUGUAGAUUCGAGGAUUGCUGCAGCAGCAGAUGGCCGACAAGUUACAAAAGUUAGGAGUCAAGGGAUCAUCACCAUAACCAUGGAUAUUGUACUUAAAGAUAUGAAGAAAUACGGAUACGACGUGAUACCAUCAUCGUUAUACAGGAUUUCAGAGUGUCCCCUACCUGACUACACAAAAACAUUUAAUGAACAGGUCCAAGUUCAGCAAGAGGAAAGACUAACAGAUACAGUCACCAAACUUGAGGGAAAAAUCACUGAGGAUGAAGUUAAACCAGGACCAUCAAACAUCCCAGUAACACUACAUGCUAUGCCGUCUCGACCAGUUCCUAUACCAAGACAGUCGACAGAAAAAACCAUGGAUACCGUCCAGGAAAUCAGAAAGGAAACAACAGCCUAG